UCUGAUUCGAGGGCUGCCCCUCUGCGAACCCUUACCUCUCUCAGGUUUCCUUUCGUCACAGCUCAGAGCUACUCUCUAUCUCUCUGACCGUCCCUUUAUCAUCGUUUCCCCUUGCCGCCCGGUUGCUUAGUGUUCGGUGCCGCCGUCGAUUCACAACUCGGGUUUUUCGGUGCCGCCGUCGACUCACAAACACAAACUGGGCUGAGCCGCCGUCGAUUCACAAACACGAAUCGACUUUUCCGUGCUCGGUACCGCCGUUUCCGUGCAACACGAAUCGUCGCUACCCCUUGCCGCCGUCGAUUCAGCUUGAAGGGCAACUAGAGAAUUGAAGUUUCUAAUUGGUCAAACAGCACAUCAAUUCUGUACUCUAUUGGCGGUUGCUUUCCUUAUUCUUGAAAAUGGUUUCCUUAAAGAAUAUGUUUCACAGUAAGGCUCACCAGGAGCGUGCUCAGCCACAUGCAAGAAAAAAAUUUGGGCUUCUUGAGAAACACAAGGACUAUGUUGUGCGGGCACAGGCAUAUCACAAGAAAGCGGAGGCCUUACAGAAACUCAAGGAGAAAGCUGCAUUCAGGAACCCAGAUGAAUUUUACUUUAAGAUGAUCAAAACAAAAACUGUUGGUGGAAUCCAUAAAUUGGAGACUAACGCUAACAAAUACUCUCAAGAAGAGCUAAUGUUAAUGAAGACUCAGGAUAUAGGAUAUGUCUUGCAGAAACUUCAAAGUGAAAAUAAGAAAAUUGAGAAGCUAAGUACCAUGCUACAGCGUCUUGAUAAUCCGUCAUCAAGCAGACAUGUAUACUAUGCUGAAGACAGGGAGGAUGCUGAAACAUUGCAAUUGCAGACCUCAGGUAGAAAGGUGCCUGAUUUUGGGAGUUUGCCUGAUCAUAUUAAAAGGAAAACCGCUACUUCGUACAGAGAGCUGGAGGCUCGAAGAAGCAGAGUGAAUGAGUUGGAGAAACUAUAUAUGGAUAUGGCUUUGCAGAAAGAGCUACAGAAAAAGGGGAGGAAACGCAAGCUUCGUGAAGAUGAGAUUGUUAGUCCAACUUCUAGGCCAGUAUACAAGUGGCGCGCAGAGCGAAAACGCUGAAAACAUGUGGCUGUUUGUCAUUCUGUUUCUUAUUGGAUUUGUGGGUUUCUCCAUCUAAGCCAGUAUGGGGGAGUGUUUGAGAGAACCAGGACAGGAGGAUGAAGUUAGUGUGAGCUCACCACUUAAUUGAUGUGCAGAUGCAGAGUUUGACAAACCUACAUAUUCCUUGUGGAAGGUUGACUCCAAUUUUAUUUUAUUUUUUUAAUUUGGGAGCUGAUUUUGUAGACUUGUGUGGAAUUGUUUGAACAGAGUCCAGGGACCCUAAGCCUAAGUUUAUGCUGUAUCUGGUUAUAUAUAUUUGCAAAAGAAAUUCUUAGAAAGUCUAUUUCCUAUC